AUGAGCGCGCUGUCCGAGGCCUUGGCUGUGGGUACGUCCGUGCGCGUCGUCGGAUUGGCCAAAGCGACGCAGCACAACGGGAAGCUGGGCAGAGUGUGCAAGAAGGCCGGGCCGGAGGGCCGCAUCGGUGUCAAGCUCGACCUCGGCGGCGCGCUCGCCGUGAAGCGCGCGAACCUCGAGGUUCUCGAGACGGUCGCUGAAGCGCCGGCGCCAAAGAAGGCGCGCGCGUCCAGCGACGAAGAGCCGCGAACCGUCACCCGGGACAACGCGGUCUUGCGCGAGUUCAACGGAUCGAGAGACCCGGACAUGAUGGCGCUCUACUUCCACUUCAAAGAUCACGCCUUUGACGCGUUCAACGCGGCAGAGUACUACGCGCAGCUCAUUCGCUACCACGGCGCCGGGAUCCGCGUCGUCGCCGCGAUUCCCAGGAGGAUGGGCGACAACUUGUAUUCUCUGGUGUGCCUCAAAAACGACCAGGUCGAGCGCAACACGCUGUGCGAGUUGGCGUUUCAGUGCAAGCGCCAAUUCGUCGGCAUCUCCAUGCUUGUCAAAAAGGUCUGCUUCGUCUGCCACAAACCGGGGGCCGCGUCCUGCCCGUCGUGCCACUGCGCGUGCUUCUGCUCGGACGCGUGCGCGAAGCGGGGCCGCGAGGCGCACGAGCCCGUGUGCCGCCUCGUCCGCGGCACCGAGGUCCUGCUAGAAGACGAGGUCGUCGAGAUAAGCUGA